UCGGCGGUUGGAAAACAAGGAAGUGACGCGUUAUUGCCACCAACUGGUGGUGGCGGUCAUGCGCCAACUUGUUGUUUGCCAACCGCCAUAGUACCUCAAGGAAGAAGAAGCUCCAAAACAUUCAAAGAAGUAGUGAGUAGCAGCAUGACUGACUCCUUCAGUCUUCUCACGGACGUGUUCAAGUGUUUCCACGCGGGUUCGUGUCCCCGUCAAAGCUCCGCAGAUGUGGCCGCUGCGAUAUUUUCCUGCGUGUGUGGAUUGAGUUGUUCUCCUGCUGCUGAGGAGGAGCAGGAGCAGCAGAAGAAUAGCAGAGGAGAACUGAGCUGCAUGAGUGUGACUCUGGUGGAGAACAUGGUGUCGCUGCUGAACCAGGACCAGGACCAGGACCAGCCUGCUGACGUCACACAGUUCUGUGUGGACGCUGUGUCCCUGCUCUUUCACCACAUGGACCUUAUGACGCAGCUGGUCCGUCACUUCCACAGUGAGGAGCAGAUCGUGUCUCAUCUGGCUGCAAAGUGUGCAUCGACAUACGUCGUCUAUUACCUCCUCAAAUCUGGUGCAGUCAGUGUGGUGUGGCAGCAGAAGUGUGUGGAGGUGUUUCACUGUUCAGCUCCUGGUGCUGAGUUGGACGUCUGCCUGUGGUCACUCACUGAAGUCUUGAAGAAACUUCUCAAAACAGCUCAUCGAGAGGUCAUCAGGACACUUGUGUCAGCGUUCGACUCCGCCCUGAGUGCUCUGUGUUCAGCGUUCCUCUCUGAGGAGAAGCAGCAUUGGAUGGUCCUCACCAGCAGCAGAGAACACUGGGGAACCACGUUCUGUCUCCUGCUGGACCUGCUGGAGGCGCUGACCGCUUCAGGGUUGACGUGCGACGUCAGUCUGAAGAGUCAGAAGUCGGUUUACGCUCACGCGCCGGCUCUCCUCACGGCCGUCGCCUCCUCCUCAGAGUACUAUGUGAAGAAGCGAGCGAUGCUGCUCCUGAAGAGAGCCGUCCUUCAGAAGGCGGGGGAAGACUGGACGUCGGGGGAAGCGAGUACACGCGAGCGCCUCGGCUCUGACGUGAACGUGCUCGCUCAGACUGUGCUGACGGCGGUCGCUGCCGAGUGGCUGCAGAGCGUUCAGGUGGAGUCUGAGUCGUUCUUUGGUGGAACCAGACGAACUCGAGUGGAUGAAGGUCAGAAACCAGACUGUGUGAUGCUGAGAGCCGUCAGUCUGCUGCUCCUCAAGUCCAUGGAGCUUCACGUACAAACGGCUGGAGCAGGAGCAGCAGCAGCAGCAGACGGAGUCGCAGAGGUGUAUGAGUAUCUGCAGAGACUGUGGACUUUCCUGAGGCGCUGCAGUGUCCAGCUGAGCGCCGUCACUCACCUGUGCUGCUGGCUCCCUCUGCUGUUUGGAGAGCAGGAUGACGACAUGAUGGAGGCAGCCAAAGCCUCGCUCUGCAUCUUCCUCCAUCACAGACUCCGUUCUGGGUCGGAUAAUUUGGCGGCGCUGGACGCGGCCUGUGCGUCGGGCUGCAACCCUCACUGCCACUUCCUGUCUCUGCUCCAGAGCGUCUCCUUCGACCACAGCCUCCUCCUCGACUUCCUCAUCUCCACGGAAACCUGCUUUCUGGAAUAUUUUGUGCGCUACCUGAAGUUGGUUGCGUCCGACUGGCAGGGUUUCGCCGCAGCGUGUGAAAAAGUCGCCUCGUCGUCUCACAGUCGCACGCCGCCACCGACGCAGAGACACGAAGCCGGCUGCAGCUCCCGUGUCCAGCCCACAGGUGGCGGUGUGGGCGUCGGGCUUCGCCUCGUGGCGUACGAAAGCUCUGAUGAGUCUGACUCGGAGAACAUGGAGGUUCCCGUGUGUGCGGAAACUCAAAACCCUACCUUUAAUGUGAAAGCACCAAGAUUACUGACGGACGCUGCUGUAUCGGGACAGAACUCUUCCUGUGAGACGUUAACCAGAGCCGUGGUUUGUCUGUCAGAGGUCGGCGCCGUGGUGACGAGGCUGCAGACAAAGAAACUCUUCCCUUACAACCCGACGUCGCUCUUAAGACUCUUAGCACAGGUUCAGACCUGUUCCCAGCAGUCACCUCUGUCACAUGUGAUUACAAGACAAUAAAGAAAUACAUCAUGAGUUUAUGUUACCAUCCUGGGAGAGGGAUCCCUCCUCUGUGGCUCUUCCUGAGGUUUCUCCCAUUUUUCCCCUGUAAAAAGAGUUUUGGUCUAAGGACAGACGGUCAAAGGUCUAAGGACAGAGGGCGUCACUUGCAUUACAGACUGUAAAACCCUUCAAGGCAAAUUGUGUUUGUGAUAAAUACACUUGAAUAGAACAUAUAUAUAGUUGUGUGUUGAAACCUAAAUAUUCACCUGUGUUCUUGGACAUUUGCUUGGUUGUUUUUUAGUCAUGGAUCAUUUUAUUAGUGGUCAAGACAAGACAAUGAAGUCAUCGACAUCAGUGUUGCACCAGAAACUAAACAUUAGACAAUAUCUUCAAAUAUUCUCACUUUAGUCCAUUUCCAUUUUAACACGAGUUGUCUUUCUUUCUUUCUUAGACAAAAGGCAACACUACAGACAAAUGUAUCAAAGUUUUGUGUAAACUGUUUUUUGUAAACUUUUUUGUAAA